AUGGAAGAUGCCCGCCCGCGACGGUCCUUCGCCCGGACUGCGGCUGUCGUACUCUUCUCGACCGUGUUUCUAGGCUCGCUUUUGCAUUCCACAGGACGAUCUUAUCAUCCAGCCUGCCAAGCCUACUCUCACUUCCGGCCCAAGUCAGUCGAAGAGCGGGUGUACAAGAUUCUCUCGGAAACGCCGUUGAUAGAUGGCCAUAAUGAUCUGCCCAUCCUUAUCCGUAUGCUGCAUAAUAACCAUAUCUACACGGAGAACUUCACGGUUCCCUUCGAGGAAGGAGGUAUGCCGAUGCAUGUCGACCUACCCCGACUAAGAGCUGGUCAAAAUGGUGGCGCAUUCUGGAGCGUUUUUACUCCGUGUCCUAAGAACGGCUUGGAUUUCUCGGAUGAGAACUAUGCCUCAAGCGUUCAACUCACAAUCCAGCAAAUAGACCUCGUUACCAGGCUCACAAACGCGUACCCCGAGGACUUCUCCUCUGUGCUCGUCGACUCUAGAUCAGCCAUCGAAGCCUUCAAACAAGGCAGGCUGAUCUCCCCCAUCGGAGUCGAAGGCCUUCACCAAAUCGGCAACUCGGUAGCAAACCUACGGCAUUACCACGCCAUGGGCGUUCGCUACGCAACGUUAACCCACAACUGCGGCAACAUCUUCGCCGACGCGGCCAUCCGGGAGACCCCCGAAUUCAGCAAAGCCCCUCCCUACUGGCACGGCGUCUCUGCCCUAGGCAGAAAACUUGUCCACGAGAUGAACCGCAUCGGCAUGAUCGUCGAUUUGUCCCACGUUUCUGUUGAUACCAUGAUGGACAUACUUGGCGGUCAUAAGUGGGCUGGUAGCAAGGCCCCUAUCAUGUUUAGCCAUAGCUCGGCUUACGCGCUUUGCCCGCACCCGCGCAAUGUACCUAAUGAGGUUUUGGGGCUUGUUAAGAAGACUAAUUCGAUUGUUAUGGUCAACUUCGCCCCCGACUUCAUAAGCUGCAAAGACGUAGGCAACAAAAACGGCAUCCCGGAACACUACCCGGAGAACAACACGCUCGCCCAGGUCGCAAACCACAUCACCUACAUCGGCGACCUGAUCGGGUACGACCACGUCGGGCUCGGGAGCGACUUCGACGGUAUUGGGUCCACCCCUGUUGGCUUGGGUGAUGUGUCCAAGUUCCCUGAUCUGAUGGCUGAGCUGCUGAGGCGAGGGGUGUCUGAUAAGGACGCGGCGAAGAUUGCGGGUGGGAAUAUACUGAGGGUAUGGAGGGAUGUGGAGGAGGUUGCGGCGAAGCUGCAGGCUGCUGGAGAGCCGCCAUUGGAGGAUGAUUUGCCCAGCUUCAGGGCUGGGAUGGUGGAUAUGUAG